AUUUUUGGUACGACGAGAUUUUACAAUUUUGAGUAGUCGAAGGAGACAAAGCCCGAGCCCCUUCCCCUAGGGUUUUUUUCCAGGCAAUCUUCGUUUUCCAUUUCAUUGUUAGUUGCAGACCUUUUUCCCUUUAGUAAACCAUGCCUACUGUCAGCGUGGGAAGGGAUCGUCUGUUUGCAGCCCUAGGCAAAACCUACACGCAGGAAGAGUUCGAGGACCUUUGCUUCAGGUUUGGAAUCGAGCUCGACGACGUGACUACUGAGAAAGCGAUUAUUAGAAAGGAAAAGCAUUUGGAAGAAGAAGAAGCUGACGAAGAUGAAGAAGUUAUCUACAAAAUUGAAGUCCCUGCCAAUAGAUAUGAUUUGCUUUGCCUUGAAGGGAUUGCUCAAGCUCUUCGAGUCUUCAAUGGGAAGCAGGAGAUACCGACAUAUAAAGUGGCUAACAUUAGCAGAGAAUCAAUGAUUAAAAUGCAUGUGAAACCAGAGACGUCUUCAAUUCGUCCCUAUGUUGUUUGUGCUGUUUUGAGGGGUAUAACAUUUGAUGAAGGAAGUUAUAACAGCUUUAUUGAUCUCCAAGAUAAGCUCCAUCAGAACAUUUGUCGGCGAAGAACCCUAGUUGCUAUUGGGACUCAUGACUUAGAUACAUUACAUCGCCCUUUCACAUAUGAGGCAUUGCCACCUUCAAAUAUAAAUUUUGUGCCACUGAAGCAGGUGAAGAACUUCAGAGCUGAUGAGCUAAUGGAGUUUUAUAAAUCAGAUUUGAAACUCAAGAAGUUUUUGCACAUAAUUGAGAACUCACCAGUGUACCCUGUUAUAUAUGACCAUAACAGAACUGUUUUGUCUUUACCCCCCAUUAUCAAUAGUGCACACUCAGCAAUCACUCUAAAGACAAAGAAUGUAUUCAUUGAAUGCACUGCCACUGAUCUAACAAAAGCCAAGAUUGUUUUGAACACAGUGGUGACAACCUUUUCAGAAUAUUGUGAAAGAAAGUUUGAAAUUGAACCAGUUGAAGUGAUAUAUUCUGAUGGGAAGUCGUAUACUUAUCCUGAAUUAUCUGUCUACAAUAUGGGGGUUUCUCUAUCUUAUAUUACGGGUGCAAUUGGAGUCCCCUUGGAGGCUGAGAAGGUCACGAGUUUGUUAAAUCGGAUGCAAUUGCAUGCUGAGCAGUCUGUAUCAGGUGAUAGAUCCACUAUUAAUGUAUCUGUACCCCCUACUAGAAGUGAUGUUCUUCAUCCAUGUGAUGUUAUGGAGGAUGUUGCUAUUGCUUAUGGCUACAACAAUAUUAAGGAUAUUGCAGUUGCUAAGGGUUACAAUAUUUCGAAGGGAAGGGCUGUGUCUUUGAAGCCAUUGCGCUUGGAAGAGUUUAGUCAUCUUAUCAGAUUGGAGAUGGCAAUGUGCGGGUUUACAGAAGUCUUGUCAUUUAUUUUGUGCUCGCUUGGUGAUAAUUUUGCAAUGAUAAAUCAUGAAGAUGACGGAUCAACUGCAGUGAUUAUUGAAAAUCCUCGUUCCUCUGAAAAUGAGACCGCUCGUACCAAUCUUAUGUCUGGUAUAUUGAAAACUGUUGGACAGAACAAAGCCCAUCCAAAGCCCAUAAAGAUUUUUGAAGUGGGUGACGUAGUGCUCUUGGAUGAGACAAAAGAUGUGGGUGCAACAAAUCGUCGCCAACUUGCUGCUCUAUAUUGUGGUGCUACUGCAGGAUAUGAGAUAAUUCAUGGCCUGGUGGAAAGAAUCAUGCAAGUGAUUGGGCUUGUUCCACCUGAUGACAUUACAACAUACUAUCUAAAGCCUUCAAAUGAACCUGAGUUUCUUCGGGGCACACAAGCUAGCAUCGUUUACAAAGGGAAGCAAGUAGGAACUUCUGGAAUUGUGCACCCUGAGGUCUUGAGCAAAUUUGACAUUCCGGAUCCUUGCUCCUAUUUUGAACUCAACAUUCAGUGCUUUUUGUAGGAUUUGGUUCAUAACAGAAGACGCACAUCAUUGGCCUUUCUUCCAAUGCUAACUCAUUUAGCAGCUCUAACUGCUACAUCAACAUCAUUGGCAUCCAUAAGCAAAAUACUCGCUGCUGUUGACUUUGGAGCCAUGCUAGUUGUAUGGAAUAAUAUGAUUUCAGUUGCCCAAGAUGGGGUGAUAUAGUAUAAUUUAGAUUGGCAGGCAUAUCAAAAGGAUAUUCUGUUUUUGUUUUUUGGUCUUGAAUUUCCGCCAAACGUAUAUGAUUUUGGUAGAUGUUUUUGUUGAGUGAAGCUUCUAUUUUCCAGAUUCCAGAUAAAGGGCAUGGAAAAUCAGGGAGGAUUGCUUGAAUUGUUGUAAUUAUGCAAUAUCUUCAAAAUUUGGGUAUUAGAAUAUAGAAGUUGCAGGGCACGAUGUGUUCAGAUGUAGACCCUGUUGUAUGUGGUUGAAAGAAACCAAAGUAAAAGCUUCAAUUAUUUCC